CAUUUUCAAAACAAGAGAGCGUCAGGCAAUACAUUCCACACUCCACAGAGAGUGAUUCUUAUCUGAUGAUCAGUGACCAUGGAUGUCUGGCUCAUCGUCGUCGGGCUCUUGGUUCAUGUCGUCUUCUUCUUCUCCAUCUUUGAUAUCUACUUCACCUCGCCGCUAGUCCACGGAAUGACACCCCAUGCAACCCCCCUGGAACCCCCCGCGCGCCGACUGGUGCUGUUCGUCGCCGACGGGCUGAGGGCAGACAAGCUGUACGAGGUGGAUGAGAGUGGUCACACGAGGGCACCAUACCUCAGGAGCGUCAUUGAGCAGCAAGGAUCAUGGGGAGUUUCCCACACCAGAGUGCCUACGGAAUCCCGGCCAGGCCAUGUCGCCCUGAUCGCUGGUUUCUAUGAAGAUGUCAGCGCUGUCGCAAAAGGUUGGAAGGAAAAUCCAGUGCAAUUUGACUCUGUCUUCAAUGAGAGCAGGUAUACGUGGUCUUGGGGAAGCCCCGAUAUACUGCCCAUGUUUGCCAAAGGUGCUUCAGGGAAUCAUGUUUUCGUCCACACCUAUCCGGCCGGUUAUGAGGAUUUCGCCGAUGAAGACGCAUCCAGACUGGAUACGUGGGUGUUCAACAAAGUCAAGGAAUUUGUCCAAGAUAUGAAGCAGAACGACACCCUGAGCAGAAUGGUGUCUUCCGAUAGGAUCGUCCUGUUCCUCCACCUCCUGGGGAUCGACACCAACGGCCACGCCCACAAGCCAUUCUCGAAGGAAUACCUGGCCAACAUCGGUCUGGUGGAUUCUGGGAUACGGGAGGCCGUGGAGCUGAUUGAGGAUGCCUUCCAGCGGGACGGAAAGACGGCAUACAUGAUGACUGCCGACCACGGCAUGACAAACUGGGGUUCCCAUGGGGCAGGUCACCCCCAUGAAACCCUGACCCCGAUAGUGGCCUGGGGUGCUGGGGUGAACAGACCUGCUAAAAGUGGCAACGCCCAGGAUUAUCCCGACGGGUUCUCUCAAUUGUGGAAGUUGGACCACCUCAAGCGUCAAGACAUGAGCCAGGCCGAUAUCGCCGCUCUGAUGGCCUCGUUGAUUGGCGUGCCUUUCCCGCUGAAUUCGGUAGGUGUGCUCCCUCUGGGUUUCCUUGACAACACGAAGCGCUACAAGGUGGAGAGCCUGCUGACCAAUGCACAGCAGAUACUGGCCCAGUAUGAGGUGAAAGAGAAACACAUGCAGGAGACCACGUUGGCCGUGUUUUUCAGCCCCUUUAAGCCUCUGUCGGUGGGCAAGAAGGCUGAUGUCAUGCGGACCAUCCGAGCCCAGAUCAGUAAAGGCCAACCCGACGAAGCUAUAUCUACAACCCAUGAUUUGAUACAGAGGGCUCUGGAUGGUUUGAACUACUACCACAACUACGAUAGGUUCCUGUUAGGGACCAGCAUCUUAAUGGGCUACCUGGGCUGGAUGGCCUACAUCCUACAGCACCUCCUGUCCUUCCAUACCUCCCUUCCCCAGCCGAGAAGGACCAAGCUAGAUGGCCUUGGUGACUCUCACGCCCUUGCCAAGCGAGGGCCCGACGUCAUCUUCACGACCCUUGCCGCAGUGAUCGUUGUUCUUCUGACCAUCCAGUCUUCACCGCUGAUGUAUUACGUGUACUGCUUGUUGCCUGUUCCGCUGUGGUAUACUGCCGCAAAACAGUACAGAGUUUUCUAUCGUGCUAUAAGUCACACGGUCUCUACUAUCGGAUUCUGCAAGGUGAUUGGCUACUUGGUGCUCGGGGUCAUCGCCAUGGAGAUUGUUGUCCUGAGCAUGUUUUGGAGGGAGGUGCUGUCCCUAGGCCUUGUGGGCAUCGCGCUGUGGCCAUUUUUCACAGAACUCAGGAAGCAUAGCAAGGGUUUGGUUGCUGGUUGGACGGUGUCUUGCCUAGCUGUGGCUGUAUUCCCGAUGCUACCCGUGGUCGGUAGGGAUGCCAAUAUCAACUUAGUGACUUUGGCCGGCGUUUUGUUCCUCCUGAGUAGCCUGGCUGCACUUCUCUACCUCCGCGCCCACCGUCGCCCCCCAACCAACCCCAUCCACCCCGCCAUCGGCCCUCUCCAACUCCUCAUUCUGCUCCUCUCGGUGUACAUCGUCAACAGCACCUGGGCCAGCCUGGCCAACAAGCGAGGGCUCCCUCUCACCAACCAGUGUCUGAGUUGGGCUAUCUUUGGCUCCUCCUUUCUUAUACCCGGGCUUACAUCAUUGGAUGUUGUUUCGCGACUGCUAAGCACGGCCAUGGCGUUUGCCGCAGUGUUCCUGCUGACCAGUACAUCACAUGAAGGCUUGUUUUGCAUAGCCCUCUGUUACCUCAUGUUUUUCUGGCUUCUGUGCGAACACAGGUUGUCCCAGUCUUCAAAGGUCAAGCUUAUAGAUCUGUCAUUUGGCGAGGAAUCAACGAUCCUGAGCGGACCCCCGAGGCGUCUGGUCCUGGACGACGUCCGCUGUGCUUACUUCUUCAUUUUCUUUAUUCUCACCGCCUUCUUCGGAACGGGAAAUAUAGCCAGCAUAAACAGUUUUGAUCCAGCAUCGGUUUAUUGUUUCUUGACGGUCUUCAGUCCCUUUGUAAUGGGGUCACUUCUAUUGUGGAAGAUCGUAAUCCUCUUCCUGCUGGUAACCUGCACCUUCAAGGCCAUUCACUUACUGCAGCGGUUGCCGAACAUUAGUCUCUUUCUGGUGGUGCUCCUCUUGUCGGACGGCCUGGCGCUGCAGUUCUUCUUCCUGGUCAGAGAUUCCGGGAGCUGGUUGGAUAUAGGGACCAGCAUCAGUCAUUACGUCAUCGUCAUGUGCAUGAUCAUCUUUGUCAUGCUGCUGUUGGUGCUCGCGAGGCUCUUCACCACCGUGACCUUUGGCCUCGGUCAAAGACGCAAGGCCCAUAGUACUUAGUAGAACACAGUGUUUGACAGUCAUUAUGUCAUCGUCAUGUGCAUGAUCAUCUUUGUCAUGCUGCUGUUGGUACUCGCGAGGCUCUUCACCACUGCGACCUUUGGCCUUGGUCAAAGACGCAAGGCCCAUAGUACUUAGUAGAACACAGUGUUUGACAGUCAUUACGUCAUCGUCAUGUGCAUGAUCAUCUUUGUCAUGCUGCUGUUGGUGCUCGCGAGGCUCUUCACCACCGUGACCUUUGGCCUUGGUCAAAGACGCAAGGCCCAUAGUACUUAGGAGAACACAGUGUUUGACAGUCUUUACGUCAUUGUCAUGUGCAUGAUCAUCUUUGUCAUGCUGCUGUUGGUGCUCGCGAGGCUCUUCACCACUGUGACCUUUGGCCUCGGUCAAAGACGCAAGGCUCAUAGUACUUAAGAGAACACAGUGUUUGACAGUCAUUACGUCAUCGUCAUGUGCAUGAUCAUCUUUGUCAUGCUGCUGUUGGUGCUCGCGAGGCUCUUCACCACCGUGACCUUUGGCCUCGGUCAAAGACGCAAGGCCCAUAGUACUUAGGGGUCCAAACCAGUAAAUCAGUCCAAAUUUGCCUAUGCCGGCCAGAUCACGAUUUGCAUGCCUUCAAAUUCUUUGGUAUGAGUGCAUUUUUGGGGCCAUGAACUUGGGGGUUUGUAAAAAAA